AUGAAAAUUUUUCUGUUGAAGAUGGGUCACUACGUACUGACACAUGACUAUUGCCAAGGAUUUGAGCUUGUAGGUGAUCUGAGGAAGCUAACGCUGAACAAUGCGAAGAAAUUGAACCCACUUGUCCUGCAUAAGGCCCUGAUGCUGCUCACUGAAUGCAUGGGGCAAAGAGUGAAGAAAUUUCAUUUAUUCAAUGGAUCUGUGUUCUUUGAUUUUCUACUUAAUUUAUUAAAGCAGGGUCUUUCUUCUAAAUUAAGGGAAAGAAUUGUAAUUCAUUCAAGUAUUGAAAGUUUACAUGGCCUUAUCCCUAAGGAGCGAUUACCCAAAGACUUUGGAGGAGAGGAAAUGAGUACAAAAAAACUUGCCGAUUUAACCUUUAAAGAGCUAAGUAGCGAUGAGCAUUUAGAAAAACUUAAAUUUAUGGAGCAAGCUGCUACGGAUGAGUCCCUUCGGCUCACAAGCACAUUCAAUGAGGAAUAUUCAGGAGUACCCGGCUCGUUCAAGACAUUGUGCGUGUAUUAA